GCCCAUACGAAAAUUCUGGGCAACAUUCGUGUUUGUUUGUGCGCGUCGUGUGUGUGUGGAUACUCUCGUCACUGUUCCAAGCGCUCGGGCCGCUCGGGCACUCUGCGAAAUCGGAAAUGCCACAAACAAUCAUUUGGCAACCUGUUUUUGAGUAGGUUGAGCAAAAAAUACCCGCAGAAAUGAGCGUGGAAAGAGCCAGAUGGCUCGACAGGCCAGAGCGACGGGUACGGGAGUCCCCAAGCGGAUCGAAACAGAGUUCAAUCGUCUUGAUAAAUACACUUGAUAAGGCCCGUGUUGGCAGUUCGCAUCCGACGCUAGAUCUCUCCGAGUGCCAGUCAUGUUUCCCAGUGCUCGCCUUUGCACGCUGAUCGCGGCAGCUGCUCUGAUUGUUGUGGUGGCUGGUGUAUCCGGUAAAGCUCGCAAUCGGGCUGAGGAUUGUCCGCAGAUCAAGCUGAAGCGGCAGUGGGGCGGAAAGCCAUCCCAGAACCUCCACUAUCAGGUGCGUCCCAUCCGCUUCGUGGUAAUCCAUCACACGGUCACCGGCGAGUGCAGCGGGUUGCUUCAGUGCGCACAGAUUCUUCAGGGCAUGCAAGCCUAUCACCAAACGGAUCUUAACUACAACGACAUCAGCUACAACUUCCUAAUUGGCAACGAUGGCGUCGUCUACGAGGGCACCGGCUGGGGUCUGCGCGGCGCCCACACUUACGGCUACAACGCCAAUGGCACGGGCAUUGCCUUCAUCGGCAACUACGGGGAAAAACUUCCCACGCCGGCUGCCCUGCGGGCGGCCAAACAGCUGUUGGCCUGCGGAGUAAGGCAGGGGGAGCUGAGCGAAGACUAUGGACUGAUUGCGGGCUCGCAGGUGAUCAGCACACAGAGUCCCGGGCUGACGCUCUACAAUGAGAUUCAGGAGUGGCCACAUUGGCUCUCUAAUCCCUAAAAUUCACUAAUUCGCGAAUGAGAUAAUUUGGCGCCCUAAUCGAUAAGCGAUUGCAGUUGGUCGAGCUGCCAACUCGGUCUAUUCGCCAAUUUCUUUAAUAAAGUCUACUUAGUUUUUAACUUUAAAAAAUUGCAAAUACAAGCUAGUUACCUUUAAA